CCCAGGCGCCCCGUGAUUAUUUUUGAUGGCUCCCGCGGGGGGACACGCCAGAAGAGGAGGCCGGGGAAUGGCAGCGGUGUGGCAGCAGGUCUUAGCAGUAGACGCGAGGUACAACGCGUACCGCACACCAACGUUUCCACAGUUUCGGACACAGUACAUUCGACGGCGCAGCCAGCUGCUGCGGGAGAAUGCCAAGGCUGGGCACCCCCCAGCACUGCGUCGGCAGUACCUGAGGCUGCGUGGGCAGCUGCUGGGCCAGCGUUACGGGCCCCUCUCUGAGCCAGGCAGUGCCCGUGCCUAUAGCAACAGCAUCGUUCGCAGCAGCCGAACUACCCUAGACCGCAUGGAGGACUUUGAGGACGAUCCUCGGGCCCUGGGGGCCCGUGGGCACCGCCGUUCUGUCAGCCGAGGCUCCUACCAACUACAGGCACAGAUGAACCGUGCUGUCUAUGAGGACAGGCCCCCUGGCAGUGUGGUACCCACAUCAGCGGCAGAAGCAAGUAGAGCCAUGGCCGGGGAUACUUCACUGAGUGAGAACUACGCCUUUGCGGGCAUGUACCAUGUUUUCGACCAGCACGUGGAUGAGGCAGUCCCAAGGGUGCGCUUCGCCAAUGACGACCGGCACCGCCUGGCGUGCUGCUCUCUCGACGGCAGCAUCUCCCUCUGCCAGCUGGUGCCCGCCCCGCCCACGGUGCUCCGCGUGCUGCGGGGCCACACCCGCGGCGUCUCCGACUUCGCCUGGUCCCUCUCCAACGACAUCCUCGUGUCCACCUCGCUCGAUGCUACCAUGCGCAUCUGGGCCUCUGAGGACGGCCGCUGCAUCCGGGAGAUUCCUGACCCCGAUGGCGCCGAACUGCUCUGCUGCACCUUCCAGCCGGUCAACAACAACCUGACUGUGGUGGGGAAUGCCAAGCACAACGUGCACGUCAUGAACAUCUCCACAGGCAAGAAAGUGAAGGGUGGCUCCAGCAAGCUGACGGGCCGGGUCCUCGCUCUGUCCUUCGAUGCCCCUGGCCGGCUGCUCUGGGCAGGAGAUGACCGUGGCAGUAUUUUCUCUUUCCUCUUCGACAUGGCCACAGGGAAACUGACCAAAGCCAAGCGUCUGGUGGUGCAUGAGGGGAGCCCUGUGACCAGCAUCUCCGCCCGCUCCUGGGUCAGCCGCGAGGCCCGGGACCCCUCGCUGCUCAUCAAUGCUUGCCUCAACAAGCUGCUACUCUAUAGGGUGGUGGACAACGAGGGGACGCUGCAGCUGAAGAGAAGCUUCCCCAUUGAGCAGAGCUCACACCCUGUGCGCAGCAUCUUCUGCCCCCUCAUGUCCUUCCGCCAGGGGGCCUGUGUGGUGACCGGCAGCGAGGACAUGUGCGUGCACUUCUUCGAUGUGGAGCGGGCAGCCAAGGCCGCCGUCAACAAGCUGCAGGGCCACAGCGCCCCUGUACUGGACGUCAGCUUCAACUGCGACGAGAGCCUGCUGGCUUCCAGCGACGCCAGUGGCAUGGUCAUCGUCUGGAGGCGGGAGCAGAAGUAGGUCCUGCCGUGUCCGCCUUCCCUCCCGCCUCCCGCUCCAGCCUUGUGUUUGUAAAUAAAGUUCCAGUGGUUGUGCC